AUGACCGCAAGGCACAGGAGAAUCCCAAGGAGAUACUUGGAUGAAGGUGAGACAGUCUGGAAGACCAGGGCGAUCCAGGCUCAGAAGAAGAUCAAGAGGAUGGAAAAAAGCAGGAAGGAACAGCAGACAGUCCAAGGAGAGGUGGUAUCCGGAGGAGGUACGGUGGAGGUUGGUGCGGUGUCGGCCGUUCAGAGCACCGAAAAGGAGGUAUGCCCACCGGAGCGAGCACAGCAGCAGGAGCCAACGGAAGUACCCAGCAGCAAUGCGGGGGAAAAUGUUGUGGUAGCAGAAACAACCCCAGUAAGAGAACUGGAAGCAGGAGCUGCAAAGCAGGGGGCAGCAACUGGUGCAGCAAGCGGUGACCAAGGGGCAAAGCAAGACAAAGCUUUAAGGGUGUGGAUAGUAGGGCAUUCCUACGUCUAUUGGGCACAGGCUAGGGCUGCAGCAUCGGCGCUGGGAGUAAAUUUGGGACUAUCGCACAAGGAAGUUAGCAUUAGAUGGGUAGGAAAAAGAGGCAUGAUGUGGGACGAGUUAGUGCCUACAAUACAGCUGGCAAGGAGAAGAUGGGGGUGCCCGGACGCCAUAAUUAUACAUCUGGGGGGGAACGACAUAGGCGCUUACCCACUUAGAGAGCUAGAAGAGAAAGUUGCAGGAACAAUGAGAUGGUUGAAGGUGGCAUGGCCAUCAGUGAGGGCGAUAUGGUCCAAUAUAGUUUCGAGGAUAUUCUGGCGGAACUCGUACACGAGCAAAGCAGGAUAUAGAUCAAGGAGAAAAGUGAACAAGGUGGCAGUAAAGGUUAUGAAGGAAAUAGGGGGUAGAGUGGUGGAGCACCCACUGAUAGCAGCGAGAAAGGAGGAGCUAUUCAGACGGGAUGGAGUGCAUCUAACGGAUGAGGGGAAUGACCAGCUGCUGGUGGACAUCAGAGGGAUGUGCCAAGAGUUGGUAAAGGGCCUUGUGGUCCGUCCAACGUACUGA